CGCUUCCGCGUCACACUGCUGCGCUGCACACUGAGCACAAGAGCUGCUGGCAAACUUAUGCUGCGCGCUGCACGACGCACGUUUCGUAUUCGACUCUGGUUGCACAGGUGCGACUUCUGCACGGGAUAGAUUCUUGCGUCGUGCCGUGCACCGCGCGUUUGUUGUCCUGUUCAACUCUCUUGCUCUGCAGCAAAAAGCAGCUCUGGGUGCUGCUCAGGCGUCGCACGGAGGACCUGAAGAAACAAGCAGCGCUGUUUAGCGGCACCACAGCAGCAAAUACACCAUGGCCUACGUCGCCGGCACGCCGCCGAAGCCACCGGACAAGGCCAAGAAGUCUUUCUUUGAUAUGCACAGACACGGCUUCGUCCGCGUCGCCACCGCCGUGCCCCGCGUCGCGCUCUGCGACCCGCGCGAGAACGCGGCGCGGAUCGAGACGCUCUACAAAGAAGCUUGUGCGCAGCAAUCCGCGGUCUGCUGCUUCCCGGAGCUCUGCGUGAGCGGCUACGCAUUGGAUGACCUGCUCCAGCAGGACGCCUUACAGGACGAAUGCCUCGAGGCCCUCGCUUCCCUGAAACGGGCCGCGAAGGACUGUUUAUUACUAGUAGGAGCCCCUUUGCGCUUCGACGGACGCUUGUUCAACUGCGCCAUCGCGCUACAAGCAGGCCGCUGCCUCGGCAUUAUCCCGAAGUCGUACCUGCCGAACUUCCGCGAAUUCUACGAAGCGCGGCAGUUCGCGCCGGCGCGGCUGCGCGUGUCUUCGGAAGUGUCGUUCCUGGGCGAGACCGUGCCGUUCACGCCCGAUCUCAUUUUUCGCUGCGCCGAGCAAUCGUCGUUGUGUAUUGGAUGCGAGGUCUGCCAGGACGUCUGGGUGCCCGCGCCGCCGUCGUGUGCGCAAUGCUGGCGCGGCGCGACCGUCGUGUGCAACCUCUCCGCGUCCAACAUCACGAUAGGCAAGGCCGCGUACCGGAGUCAACUCGUCCAGUCCAUGGCGGCGAAGAACUACUGCUGUUACGCGUACUGCUCGGCCGGCCAAGGCGAGUCUACCAACGACGUGGCCUGGGACGGCCAGUCUAUAAUCUAUGAGUGCGGCGAUUUUCUGGCGCAAUCACCUAGGUUUGCGGAGGACGCUACAAUAACAUAUGCGGACGUCGAUCUAGAUAGAAUCGAACAAGAUCGAAGUCGGGACGCGACGUGGUCGCAGAACGCCGCGGACUACGCGGACGUCGUUCGUAAAGUGCGCGUCGUGGAGUUCUCUCGUCAAUCAGCCCAGACUCCAUUGCAGUAUCGCGUUGUAGCAAAAAGACCCUACGUGCCCGCGGCCAAGGAUGAAUUAGAUCAGCGCUGCUACGAGUGCUACAAUAUUCAAGUUUCAGGAUUGGUGCAGCGCAUGCGUUCUUCUGGUCUUAAGAAGCUGGUGAUUGGCGUCUCUGGUGGGCUGGAUUCGACGCAUGCUCUGUUGGUUUGUGUGCAAGCCCUAGAUAAGCUGAAACUCCCUCGCUCAAACUGCCUCGCCUACACGAUGCCGGGCUUCGCGACGGGCGAAGCCACAAAGUCCUACGCUACGGAACUGAUGCGGCGCUUGGGCGUCACGGCGCACGAACUCGAUAUAAGACCGUCGUGCGAGGUCAUGCUGCGGGACCUGGGCCACCCCUAUGCAAAAGGAGAACCGGUCUACGACGUGACCUUUGAGAACGUGCAGGCUGGUGAAAGAACAAACCAUUUGUUUCGGUUGGCGAACCACCAAAAUGCCUUUGUGGUGGGCACGGGUGAUCUGUCGGAACUCGCGUUAGGCUGGUGCACGUAUGGGGUCGGCGACCACAUGAGUCAUUAUGGAGUGAACGCGUCCGUGCCGAAGUCCUUAAUUCAGUGCGUGAUCCAGUGGGUCAUCGACUCGGACUUCGUUGGUCCCGAGGCGAACGACGUUUUGUCAAAGAUACUGUCGGUGGAGAUCUCGCCCGAGUUGAUACCGGGCGCCGAGAUCCAGUCGACGGAGGCGACGCUGGGACCCUACGACCUGCACGACUUCCAGCUCUACCAAACGACGCGGCGCGGCUUCGCCCCGGCUAAAAGUGCCUUCCUCGCGAUGCACGCUUUUCGUGAGGCGACGCCGUCUUCCAAUGUCCUCGAGGACCGCGCCUUUGGUUUGGUCGAGAUCCUGAAGCACCAGCGGACGUUCUUGAGACGGUUCUUCCUCACCUCCCAAUUCAAGCGGACGUGCGUGCCGAACGCGCCGAAAGUCGGCGACGGCGGCUCGCUGAGCCCGCGCGGCGACUGGCGCGCUCCCAGUGAUUCGUCGUGGGCCCCCUGGGAGCGGGCCUGGGCGCGGUGCGUCGCGUGGGCGCGGGACACGUGCGACGACGCGGACGUGCGGCGGGGGUUGGGGGCGCUUGCCGGCGCGUGAUUUUUCCUCUUCUUUGGAGUAAUCUUCGUUUUUCCUGA